UUAGAAACGGUUAACUAACCUUAAACCCCUCACAACGGUUCUUUUCCUUACCUUAAACCCUACAAAAGCACACCGCCAGCACCGCCAUAUCUCUUACAGUUAAACACCAUGGCUCAAAUCCUCCGCGGUUACGAACUCCGUCUCCUCCGCUGCACCCUAACACCGCCGCCUCCGCCGUCUGAUUCCCCUUCUCCAUGUCCACCGUCCGAUCCUAACAACCUUCACUCCCACAUCAAUUUCCUCCUCACUUGUAUCCAAUCAGGAAAUUACCUCCAAGCUCUCUUCUCUGACUCUGCCAAACUCGUCACUGCGUCAACACAACUUGACUCAACUAAGUCACCCGACCGAGUUUACAAUGAGUUGGUGGAGCGAGUUGAGCAGUUUAUAAGGGAUGGUGGCGGCGGCGGCGAUGAAGAAGAUGGUUUCAGAGUUAUUCUGGUCAUUUGUGUUGCUAUUGCUGCGUUCUUUUGCUUCAUUCAGGGUAACAUUACUGGGCCAGUGAGUGAGAUACCUGAAUGCCCUUUGCUAUUGAAAGUUGAAGAAUCUAUAGAAUGGGAUAGUUGGGCUCGAAAUCAGCUUAUAUCAGAUGGCGCCCAUUUGCUUGGGAAGUUCUCCAAUCUUGAGUGUAUAGUUUUUGCUAAAAUGUUGGUCAUGAAGGCAAAAGAUUUGUUAUUUGAAGGAAGCAUCUCUUCGGCAUAUGGAAUCAGAAGCAUUUCAUGGUGGCUUGCUAGGGUCUUGCUUGUUGAACAAAGGAUUUUGGAUGAGCUAUCUUCUUCAUUAUUUGAUUUAUUGCAAGUGUCUAUGGGUGAAACCCUACGCCAUUUUGGCACCUUGGAACAUGUAGCAAAUUACUGGGGUGAUGAGUUGGGUAAUGAAGAAGCAGCUGAUAUUGUCUCAACAGUCCACUUGGAAGCAGGAAUAAUGGAACAGACCUAUGGACAUGUCGAUUCGUGCAGACUGCAUCUUGAAUCAGCUGAAGUAGCAUCAGGGAUUCAGCUUUCCCUUACGGGGGUUCUUGGCUAUCGAACCGUGCAUCAGGUAGAACCGAAGCAACAAAGGCUACUUGUUGUGGAUAGAAGCUCAUCACACACUGGCAGUACCAGCUCCACAAUGAGCCCUGACAUCAAGACACGUGAUUCUACUACUGCUAAGAAUGAUCAGCAUGAAAUAUCUCAAGCCUCUGACAUUCAUAGGACACCAGUAUUAUUGGAGACUGGUGACAAGUCUGAAAUUGGAGCACAAGGUAAUCAAAAUGUUGCUCCUCGUGGUGCUGCCCCUUUAAAAGCAGUUCAACAGGCAGUGAUUCUGGCACGGUGCCUUUUGAUUGAAAUAAGCAGUCGACAUGAUGAGCUUCAAAGAUGGGAUAUGGCUCCAUUCAUAGAGACCAUCGAUUCUCAGCCCACAUCAUUCUUUACUUUACGGUGUUUUUGUGACCUCCUACGUAUCCGAUGGGAAAAAACUCGUUCUCGCACAAAGCAGCGUGCUUUAGAGAUGAUGGAGAAAUUGGUUGAGGGCAUGCACAACUCUUUGCCUGGAGUGGCACAAAGGAUUCCAUUUUGUUAUAUCGCCAAUAUACCUACUAUUCCUGCCCUGCGAAAAGAACAUGGUGAACUUCUAAUUAGUUGUGGCUUGAUGGGAGAGGCAAUUACAAUCUUUGAGAGUUUAGAGUUAUGGGACAACUUAAUAUACUGCUACUGCUUAUUGGAGAAAAAGGCAGCAGCUGUUCAACUCAUCAAGAAACGGCUGUCUGAAAUGCCUAACGACCCGAGGUUAUGGUGUUCGUUGGGCGAUGUUACAAAUGAUGAUAGCUGUUAUGAAAAAGCCAUUGAAGUUUCAAAUAAUAAGUCUGCACGAGCCAAGCGAUCUCUUGCUCGUAGCGCUUACAAUAGAGGAGACUAUGAAACAUCUAAAAUCAUGUGGGAGGCUGCACUGGCCCUGAAUUCUUUAUAUCCAGAUGGUUGGUUUGCUCUUGGUUCUGCUGCAUUGAAGGCUAGGGAUGUUGAUAAGGCACUGGUUGGGUUUACUAAAGCUGUUCAAUUUGAUCCUGAGAAUGGGGAGGCUUGGAAUAAUAUUGCUUGUUUACAUAUGAUAAGGAAGAGGAGCGAAGAGGCCUUCAUUGCAUUCAAUGAAGCCCUGAAGUUCAAACGAGACAGCUGGCAGAUGUGGGCACAAUAUAGUCAUGUUGCCUUGGACGUUGGCAAUGUUCAUAAGGCUCUGGAAUCUGUUCGGAUGGUUUUGAAUAUAACCAGUGGCAAAGCUACUGGUAAAGAAAUUGAUGCCGAUAUAUUAGAGAGAAUUAUGUUAGAAAUAGAAGAGCGGAUUUCAAGGAGACCUUUUAAGCCCCCCAGUGUGUCGGAUGAUACUAGUCUUACCACUCAACAUUGCCCUGAUGAUUCUCAUAAUGAUUCCAUAAACAAAUCAGAACAAAGAAUUGCAGUUGGAAGGUCACGCGAAACUGAGCAGCUGGUGGACUUGCUUGGAAAAAUCCUACAGCAGAUAGUUAAAAGAGUAAGUAGAGCAGAUAUUUGGGGCUUAUAUGCAAGGUGGCACAAACUUAAAGGAGAUCUCACAAUGUGCUCUGAAGCCCUAUUGAAGCAAGUUAGAUCAUAUCAGGGAUCUGAUUUGUGGAAAGAUAGAGAUCGAUUUAAACUUUACGCACGGGCAUCAUUGGAACUGUGCAAGGUGUACAUGGAAAUUUCGUCCUCUACUGGUAGUCAUCGUGAACUCUCUACAGCUGAGAUGCACCUGAAAAACAUAGUUAGACAGGCCGGGAGCUUUUCUGACACAGAAGAAUUCAAGGAUGUUCAAGCUUGUCUUGAUGAAGUGAAGAAACGUCAAUCUGAUUAAAUGCCAACAUAAACAACUUGGAAGACUGUCUUUGGAUCAGGAACCAUUCCAUAUGGUUAAGCGUGGACUAGUGAUACUUCAGCUGAUUAAAAUAUUCAAGAAUUCUGAAGUUUGGAGACAUACAGUACACGAGGGUGCAACUCUUUUCUGGGUGUUCGUGCAUUUACUGUAAACGACACAUGUAAAGGUAGUUUUCUUCUGGCUGUGGACUGGUAUACAGUUAGCAUGCUUUACCCCCUCUCCCUUUCCUCUUCUUUCAUGAUUCUUCCAUGUCGAUGUUUUGCAAUUGCAAUGAACAUAAUGGACGAGUUAAGUUUCUACUGAGAUCUGUUUUCUGGCAAGGAAUAGAUUGCAUCCCUAUUGUGACUUCAA